AUGAUAUCUCACUGGAUAGAAGAGUGCGCGCUGCACAGCGGAUGUCAUACAUUAGACACGCGUCCAGCAUUUCUCCCCUCGAGAUUGCUAUUUCUCGGAACACCUGAGAGCCCUGAGCUGCGGAUUGUCAGUCGAUCAAGCCUGGCUAACGUUUCCAGUCCGCGGUACAUAGCGUUGAGCCACUGUUGGGGUGGAAAUGUUGGAUGCACUCUGACCAAGGAGAAUUAUUCCGCUUUAUCUCAGUCUCUGCCAGGAGGUAGCUUGCCUAAAAACUUUGCGGAUGCAGUUCAAAUCACUAGGAGGCUCAACGAGUCCUAUCUCUGGAUCGACUCUCUCUGCAUCAUGCAAGACUCGCCGGACGACUGGGAAAAGGAAUCCCUCACAAUGGGACAAGUAUUUGCCUAUGCAUACUGCGUCAUUGCGGCAACGGCGUCUGCAAACGCCCACGGAGGCUGUCUCCGAGACCGCCCGGUACCACGCAAGGAGCGAAACCUGAUGAGCUCGAAAACACGGCGAUACUUUGUACCCACCAAUGCCGCACCGGUCAUGACCCUGUUCGACACGAGAGUGGAGAUAGCACCCUUGACGAGGAGGGCCUGGGCAUUCCAGGAGAGACUGCUCUCGCGCCGGCUUGUUCACUUUUGCUCUGACGUGGUCCUGUUUGAGUGCAACACGAUACAGGCUUCUGAGUUUCACCCAAGGGGCGCGCUCGAUGUCCUGCAGUCAUUUGGCCCUGCCUCUCAGCACAGCUUAGCCGAGAAGAUUGAAUUCUCCAAGAGGUGGUUUGAUAUUGUUGCGGCCUACAGUGAGGGAGCCCUGACAGUCCCCACGGACAAGCUCGUAGCUCUCUCGGGCGUGGCCGAGUUGGUACAAGAACGAGCCCAGGCACCUUACAUUGCAGGGCUGUGGAACGCGGGUGCCCUCGUGCUUCAGCUCCUAUGGAUGGUAAAGGAGCCAGUGGAGAAGCAGGGACUAUUCUGUGCCCCCUCGUGGUCCUGGGCGUCGGCGAACGGGAGG